CAGCUUUUUCGGGUUCGGCCAUGAUGCGUUGGGAAAGUUGACAACUCUUAUUUUCCUUUGUCCACGCAAUCUUUUCCUGAGAUUUUUCGACAUCAUUUGACUGUGAAGUGGCAAUCCAUGGCUCAUAGAUGUCCACCCGGUGGAAGCGAACGGGGCUCAGACGACUCGCAACAACCGCGUCAAGAGCCAUCACCGAACUAUCAGCUUGUUCAGAAUCCUACACUCGCGGCAGCGCCUCUUUCUACGCUUCCAUCCCGUCCGAUAGCGAUAGUGCGAAGGGAGGGAACAAACAGCUAUAGUACAGAUGACGAUGAUGACGAGUAUUUUCCAACAAUUGACGCGGACGGGGACGUAGACGCUAUAGGCUUUUCGCCAGAGAAUACCGGGGCACGAUCCUUGCCGUUACGAUUUCUGCGAGCACCGCACUUGGGGUCGGUGCCAAUGAAUUUUGAUUCUCUUGCUGAGCAAAGCAUGUUGCCUCCACCUAUGUCUGCUGUUUAUGAACGAGACGUCGAAGGGAGCCUGAAGACUAGUCUGGAUGAGAACAAGCCUAGUGAAACAUCAUACGGGUCCCUUCGAGACUCUCACGCACAAAGGCGUUUUUUUGACGGGCCGGCGAGCUAUCGCGACAAGCGAACGGGAAGCAUUCGAAACAUUGAUCGACGUGUCAAAUUUCAUACCAAUACUGUUGGGUCGAUGCCAUCCCCGACUGUUAAUAUUAGUGAGCGAAUGCGGCAAAGAAGCCAAGACCAGAAACAGAAGUUGACGAAUCAAAAAUUGGAGAAGCAGCACGACACCACUACUUCAUCUCUCUCUGCUAUGAUUGAAGCAUCGACUUUGAAUGGCCCUGGCUCGGAACCAACCUUGGAGCAUGAUGCGCCAUUCAACGCGCGAGCGGUAGCUUUCAGCGAUGAGGAUUCGUUCCGACCUAUCCCAACGGAAAUGCUGUCGGCUUCACACACCGCUUUCGAGAUCCUACUAAACACUCCAAUUUUGAAAGAACGUAGAGUUGAACAAGAUACAGAGUCUGGUUCACAGAGAGAACUACCGCGUGAUGCCGACGGGAACAACGCUCUCUUAUCUCGGUCGAUUUCAGACCCAACACCAAUUCUACAUUCACAGAGGGACGGGGCAUCAUUGCACUCAAGUUAUGUGCUCGCAUCGAUGCCUCCACAGACAGUUGCGCCAUUUGCAGGCUCUGCCUCCACAGUCAUGGAGCCUUCGGUCUACAGUACAAACAAUUCGUCAAUUACGGAUGCACUCUUGGAGUUUUCUUCGGAUGAUACAUAUUCUCGACCGACAUCGUUUGCUUCUACUCAAGCCGGAAACUCAAAUGUUGCUCUCAAUUUAACGGAUAUUCCUCCAGAAUAUGCUGCUGACAGUGAAUACAAUCCCGAUACUGAAGGAGCUUUUGAUAUGGAUUUUGAGUAG